AUGGAGGCCCUCAGAAAAGUGUUUGCAGACAAGAAAGCCGAAGGCGUCCCUGCAUUCGUCACUUUCGUCACUGCGGGCUAUCCAACAAAAGAUGACACCGUCCCCACACUUCUUGCAAUGCAGGAAGGCGGCGCGGACAUUAUAGAGCUUGGCAUGCCGUUCUCUGACCCGAUCGCCGACGGACCAGUUAUUCAAGAAACCAACACCAUUGCGCUGAAGAAUGACAUGGACUAUGCGACUGUUCUCGGUCAAGUCAGAGAAGCUAGAAGCAAAGGACUUACAGCACCGAUACUCCUCAUGGGGUACUACAACCCAUUGUUGGCAUAUGGUGAAGAAAAAUCGAUACAAGAUGCGGUAGAAGCCGGUGCAAAUGGGUUCAUCAUGGUCGACUUACCCCCUGAAGAGGCGAUCGGCUUCCGUGAAAAGUGCAAUAAAGCAAAUCUAUCCUAUGUCCCACUAAUAGCCCCGUCUACUACGUUAGGACGAAUCAAAUUCCUUGCCUCUAUUGCCGACACUUUCAUCUACGUUGUUUCCAAGAUGGGAACUACGGGCUCUUCAGAUCAACUUAAAUUGAACGCUGAGCUGCCUAAUAUCGUGGCUCGCGUUCGCCAAUACGCCUCUGUACCUUUGGCGGUUGGAUUUGGUGUGGCCAACCGCGAGCAUUUUGAGGUUGUUGCGGAUGCUGGUGCAGAUGGUGUUGUGAUUGGUAGCCGAUUAGUUUCUAUCAUCAAGGACGCAGCGCCAGGCCAAAUUCCUACCGCGGUGGAAGCUUUCUGUCGACUGAUCAGUCAAAAGGGUCAACCACCCCGUGUCCGUCCUCCAUCAGUGGUAACCCCUUCAGCUGUUCAAGAGGUUGUCGAAACCCCGAAAGGGACUUCCCAGCUACCCGCAAGAUUUGGCCAAUUCGGCGGACAAUAUGUGCCGGAGGCGCUUGUCGACUGCUUGGUCGAGCUUGAAGAGGCGCAUAACGCUGCUAUCGCUGAUCCCGAAUUCUGGAAAGAGUUCCAAAGUCAUUAUGGCUACAUGAACCGCCCAUCUCAACUUUAUCUUGCCGAAAAUCUUACGAAAGAUGCCGGAGGUGCAAAAAUUUGGCUCAAGCGAGAAGAUCUGAACCACACCGGCUCGCACAAAAUCAACAACGCCAUAGGCCAGAUUCUAUUAGCUCGGAGAAUAGGCAAGACACGCAUAAUAGCUGAAACCGGUGCUGGCCAACAUGGUGUGGCGACAGCGACUGUCUGCGCUAAAUUCGGGAUGGAGUGUGUCAUCUAUAUGGGGGCGGAAGAUGUUCGGCGUCAGGCAUUGAAUGUUUUCAGGAUAGAGAUGCUCGGCGGAAAAGUCAUUCCAGUCCAUUCGGGCUCAUGCACACUGAAAGACGCUGUUAACGAAGCUUUCCGCGACUGGGUCACAAACCUUUCCACGACAUACUACCUUGUUGGCUCAUGUAUCGGACCACACCCAUUCCCAACCAUCGUCCGGGACUAUCAGAAAGUCAUUGGAGAGGAGAUCAAACGACAACUACAAGAGCGCCGCGGCAAGUUGCCAGAUGCAGUCGUCGCCUGUGUUGGAGGUGGCAGCAAUGCGAUUGGGACCUUCUAUGAUUUUAUUCCCGAUAAAUCUGUGCGGCUCGUCGGAGUGGAAGCCGGCGGAGAAGGCACAGAUGGCGACCGUCAUAGUGCUACACUUUCAGCUGGACAACCAGGAGUUCUUCAUGGUGUUCGGACCUACAUUUUGCAAUCUCCCACUGGCCAGAUCGUCGAAACACAUUCAAUCAGUGCUGGACUCGACUACCCUGGUGUUGGCCCAGAACAUGCUUGGUUGAAGGACUCGGGGAGGGCGGAAUACACAUACGCGACUGAUGAGCAAGCGCUGCGUGGGUUCCGAAUGCUGACCCAACGAGAAGGAAUCAUCCCUGCCCUCGAAUCAUCACACGCUAUCUGGGCUGGGGUCCAGCUUGCCAAGACUCUGCCGGUCGACUCUGAUAUAGUGAUCUGCCUGUCUGGACGAGGGGACAAGGAUGUGGAGCAAAUUUCGGAGCUAUUACCUAAAUGGGCGAAUGUUCUUGACUGGCACGUCGCCGCUCACGCGCAAGGCAAAGCAGCACGAGCAUAA